AUGUUGAAAAAUUGCAAGUCUUCAAUUUACACCUUGGUCAUGGUCUUUGGGAUGGUCUACGGGCAAACCGAAACGGAACCCCCGACCACUCUGACCACUAGACCACCGACCACUACAGUCGCGCCCACCACGGUAGCCUGGGAGACCGAGACGUUGAACGAAGGCCAAGCUAUCCAGAAAGCCUUGCAGUACCUCCUGCAGAACCGCCAGCCGGACUGGGGGUGGGGUAACGAUACACACCAUGUUAUGCUAACUUUACAGUUAGCAAAUAACACUGGCAAGGAAAUAGAACAGCAAGGAUUGGAGAUGCAACUGUCAGCUAAGCAAAUGGAUAUCGAGAUAUUGCUCAUGAUGUCAAAGCACCACGAAUCUCCACCGCCUCUUGGUCGUCUCGCCGCCUAUACUCUUGCAUUGGGCGCUUUAUGCAAAGACCCGCGCUCGUUUCACGGUCGGGACCUGGUGGCUACCUUACUCCAUCGUGAACCACCUCAUGAUCUGGAGUUUGCUUACGCCACCCUCGCCGCCUGCUCCUCGGCGGCUCAUGUUCGGCGACGUCAUAUUAGACGACUAUUGGACAUUGCCAAUGCGGCUGCUGAUCAUAGUCUUGAUGCCAUAUCGAUGGUAAUCCUGGCGCUCCGCUGCGUGGUGCAAGACCACCGCCACCGCAGUCUCAUACACUUCGUGCGACGCCCCAUGGCUGGCUUAGCAAGACAACAACACCCUGAUGGAAGCUUUGGAUCUUUGACCACCACCGCUUUGGCUAUACAGGCUCUUGAAGACUCCGACAACGGUCCAGGCGCUCAUCAGCACUGGAGUCUCCCUGCAGCUAGGAAGUGGCUGCUGGAAAGACAAGAGCCAGAUGGCGGGUGGGGAGACGUGGCGAAGACCGCUGCAGCAGUUGCAGCUCUGACUCCAGCGUCUUUGGCCGCUGUUAGACCACCGCAUUGUAGUGACAAACUGCUGGAUAAUCGGCAUGAACCACUAGACAGCAACGGCGGUGACGGCAGCCUAAAGAUGGCGUACCAAACUGGCCACUCUAGCAAUGAUUCUGAUGCGCGCAAUGUCUCCUUCACUUACACGCUGUGGCUAGGCACCAAUGUCACUGAAAACUACACGCUUUACAUGGUGGCUCCCAGAAACAUCUCCUUCUACCACGUAAUGCAAAUGGCAGCAGAACAGGAACCGAAAUUUAAGUUUGAAGCCAGCGAGUGGCCCAAUGGACACUAUGUGCACACUCUAGCUGGCCACAAGGAGGAACCAAUGGGCUACCACUACUGGCUACUCUACCGGCUGCCUGAGAUUCCCGAUCCCGCUAGUCCUCCCGGCAACCAGCUAGUCGCGCCUGUUGGUGUGGAUGAUUUGCUAGUCGAAGAUGGUGAACAUUAUCUUUUCUGGUAUAAGAAAUUGUAAUUUUUUUCUUUUUC